AUGUGGGGAACUGUGUGUAGCAAUAACAAUUGGAAUAACAUUGAAACAGAUAUUGCUUGCUUUCAGUUGGGAUAUUAUAGCUACGGUCAUUCAUCCAUCAGAGGGACCACUAGUGGACUGUUUCCUAUCAUUUAUUCUUAUUUCAACUGUCAGGGUAAUGAAGCAACACUGUUGUCAUGUGGUUCUGGACUCCAUUCUAGUAUUCAGUAUUGUACUAACAAUGCCAUUGAAUUAAACUGUGAAGCAAAUUGUACAUCUGGUGACAUACGUCUUGUUGGUGGUGGAUACUAUUAUGGUCGUGUUGAAGUUUGUGUUGAAGGAAUAUGGGGAACUGUCUGCAGAGAUAGCUAUUGGGAUAAUAAUGAAGCUAGUGUUGUUUGUAGGCAGCUAGGAUUCUCUCCUUAUGGUUCAAUUGCUGUUACUUCUUCAUGGAAUAGUGAAGAACGUGGAAUAACUUUAUUAACUGGUUUAAAUUGUAAUGGAACUGAAAAAAGCAUUUUUGAUUGUCUAGUUGAUGCUAAUGCUCCUGUUUGUUCAUCUAAUUGGGCUGAUGCUAAUGUUCUCAUGGUAUUUCAACCUAUUCUAAUUGCACUGAUGGUGAUAUUAGAUUGGUUGGUGGUAGCACAGAAUAUGAAGGAAGAGUUGAAGUUUGCCUAA